GGGGAGGGUUUAGAGAGGAGCGCACUUCCGGUGCCCUUUCUCCCGGGAGCAGCACGGCCUCGAACCCUCGUGUGUGGGUGUGAUCUCUGAACGAGUGGGGUCGAGGCGGGCCGCCACCCCAGCUCUGACCUCCGGUGCCGCCGGCCUCCGGACCAGACAUGGCCCAAAACUUGAAGGACUUAGCAGGACGGCUGCCCGCCGGGCCUCGGGGCAUGGGCACGGCGCUGAAACUGCUGCUGGGGGCCGGCGCCGUGGCCUACGGCGUCCGCGAGUCGGUGUUCACCGUGGAAGGCGGGCACAGAGCCAUCUUCUUUAACCGGAUCGGUGGCGUGCAGCAGGACACCAUCCUGGCCGAGGGCCUGCACUUCAGGAUCCCCUGGUUCCAGUACCCCAUUAUCUAUGACAUUCGGGCCAGGCCUCGGAAAAUCUCCUCCCCCACAGGCUCCAAAGACCUGCAGAUGGUGAACAUCUCCCUGCGAGUGCUGUCUCGACCCAAUGCCCAGGAGCUACCCAGCAUGUACCAGCGCCUCGGGCUGGACUACGAGGAGCGAGUGUUGCCAUCCAUCGUCAACGAGGUGCUCAAGAGCGUGGUGGCCAAAUUCAAUGCCUCGCAGCUGAUCACACAGCGAGCCCAGGUCUCCCUGUUGAUCCGGCGGGAGCUGACAGAGCGGGCCAAGGACUUCAGCCUCAUCCUGGAUGAUGUGGCCAUCACGGAGCUGAGCUUCAGCCGAGAGUACACAGCUGCUGUGGAAGCCAAACAAGUGGCCCAGCAAGAGGCCCAGCGGGCCCAGUUCUUGGUGGAAAAAGCAAAACAGGAACAGCGCCAGAAGAUUGUGCAGGCCGAGGGCGAGGCUGAGGCCGCCAAGAUGCUUGGAGAAGCAUUGAGCAAGAAUCCUGGCUACAUCAAACUUCGCAAGAUCCGGGCCGCUCAGAACAUCUCCAAGACGAUCGCCACGUCACAGAACCGCAUCUAUCUCACAGCGGACAACCUCGUGCUGAACCUACAGGAUGAGAGCUUCACCCGCGACAGCCUCAUCAAGGGUAAGAAGUGAGCCCGGUAACCGAGAACUGCCCCUGGAGAGGAAGUGGAUCCGUCAUCCCUGCAGGGUCCCAGCACAGCCCACGUCUGCCCCCCAUAUCAUGUGAUGAUCCCCUCUGCACCCGUCACCCCAACGCUGUCUUGGAUUAAGGAAGCGUGAAGACCGACCCUUGGGGAAAAUGACUCUUCCUCCCUGUGUUGGCCAGGGAUAUUGGGACAGUGUGAUUUCUCAGUGAUUUCCUACAGUGGUGUUCUCUCUCUUCAAGACUAGGAGGAAAUAACCACCACCCCAGGAAUUCUCAAUAAAUUUUUAUUACUUAAGCUAA